AUGGCCGCUCAGAAAAAACUAGACGUUCAUCAUCACUUUUUCCUCGAGGAAGCAUUAUCCGAGUCUAUGCCUCAAUGGACGAAAGCCUUCGUCAAACCUUGGAAUGCCUCAGCUAGUCAAAAAUUCAUGAGUGCCAUCGGCAGCACAUUCACAAUCCUAUCCUACCCACCGGUACUUAUAACCAAGCAACAAGAAGACCAAGGGGUGACACGUGAAGUGAACAAAUACGCUGCCUCACUUUGCUCGGCAAACCCGCAACAGUUUGGCUUCUUUGCCAUUGUUCCUUCCUUGCAAAACAUAACGGCCGUUAUUGCCGAGAUCAGAUAUGCAUAUGAAGAGCUUCAUGCCAAUGGAAUCACUCUUCUUACGAGCUACGACGGUGCUUACUUGGGAAACGAGAUAUUCAACCCCAUAUGGGAGGAGCUGGACAAGCACAAUGCAGUAGUCUUUGUUCAUCCUCACGGAGCAUGCGUCGAUUGUGGGCUCGCGCAUCCGGCACUCCUGCCUCCCAUCUUAGACUAUCCGCACGAGACGACUAAGACAGCUAUGGACAUGAUACUAAACCAUACAGUUCGAAAGUACCCCAAUUGCAAAAUCAUUCUCGCUCAUGCCGGCGGAACGCUGCCAUAUCUGGUUCAUCGGGCCGCCAGCUUAGUCCCACAAGUCCUCAAGAGUACUGCCACGGACAGCUCUGUCAUGUCAUCUGAAGAUAUACUUGGUGAUGCCAAGCUCUUUUAUUAUGAGCUUGCGCUAUCAUCCAGUCCUCACACGCUCGACACGCUCCUGAAGAACUUUCCCUCGGAUCAUAUUCUAUUUGGAACGGACUUUCCCGCUGUAUCUGAGGACGUAGCCAUCAAACUCUCAAAUGAGCUAAACGAUUACAACAUGGAUGAAGCAAAAAGGGACGAUGUGUAUUGGGAAACUGCCAUAAAGCUAUUUCCUAGGCUUGCAGGAUGA